AUGGAUUCGGAAGAGGUGUCGGGGGUUGACGUGACAAAGCUGCGUCGUACCACGCGGAUCUCCAAAACGUGUCUGAGUUGCAAGCGGCGCAAGGUCAAGUGUAACUACGAGGUCCCGUGCGACAAGUGCAUUGCGCGCAACAGGGGCCAUUUGUGCAGUAGGGAGCCGAUAAUCGUGGACGGAAUGGUGAUCAAUGGCGGCAACGACGCUCUCAAGGAGAUGAAGUACUCGCAGGAGAACGAGGUGCUCAAGAGGAAAAUCAAAGAUCUCGAAAAAACAGUGUUUACACUGAGAUCAGGCGAUCCUGCAUUUCAGACGUUGCAGAACGGCUCGUUCCGUGCAAAUCUGUCGAUAUCCACGCUCGACAAUGCUCUGGCGCCGGACUCCGCAGAACUAUCCCGGAAGUGGGACAGCUAUAGCGUGGUGAUCAGCUUGCUCAACAAGGGCCUCGCCGACGGACUCCAGGACGACGAUGAUCAGAACUUUGACGCAAACACCGAGGAAUGGUCCCGGAUCACUAACAAGGAGCUCAUGAGCAAGAUCCGUCGGUCGGACGACAAGUCCGACGUUUGGAAUUACCAGUUACAGAUCAUCGGACAGCUCACCAAACCGCAAUCGGACCUGAUUCUCCAGACAGCUCUCAAAUUCACGUUUCUCCAUAACGUCGUUGACAACUCCAAGUUUGUGCGCGAGUACGAGGAGUACUGGAACGACGACUCGAUUGUCGAGAAGCAUAUCACUCCGUACUACUCCAAACAUAGCAAGGAGUACCUCUUUCUGGCUCAGUACUACAUGCUACUGUGCAUCGGAGUGUACUACUCGGAUGACACUUUGCAACCGAAACUCGGGUUCUCUGACGAUCAAUGGGACAUCUACGCACGGGCGUUCUUUGCGUGCGGACUGGAGUGUCUUUUCCGCGGACGGUUCAUGACAUUCCCCAACAUAAAGUCGAUCCAGUUCUUCUCUCUGCUCAAGCUCUGCGCACACCCGCUUGGUGGCAUCCAUCUCCAGAACUGCCUCAUCGGGACGAUGUGCUACAACGCGCGCAAGCUUAACCUCGAUAACGUCGAGGACAACCCGGACGACCCCGAGUCGCAAUUCAAGUACCGGUGCUGGUGGUCGCUGGUCAACGUGGACUGGUACGAGGAUCAGUUCCGGUACUCCUUGAUCGAACCGGGAACGUUCUCAACCCCCAGACCGCGCCAGUGGCUUGUCCCGGACGCAGUUCUCGACUGGAACAACUACUACCAGCGGUUUGUCACAGACGUUGCAACGAUCAAGAGAAACUACUAUUUUGACGAUACGGUCUUGAAGAGUGAGCUGACGUUGGAAUCGCUGAAAAAAGCAGACAUCGAGCUCCGCGUCUUGGAGAUCACCGUCAAGAAAGACUUUGAGAACUACAUGGACAACACAAGGCUGAACCAGGACGCAGACUUCUCCACCACUGUGGAGUUUCUUAAGUUUUUAACCGAUUACAUUAUCCUGCAGGAACGGCUCGACGUCAACAGCAAGCUGUCGCGGUUCAUGACGUACGACGAGUGGACAGACCAGUGUUACGAGCUGUGCUGCAAUUGUGCCAAGUCGAUCAUCUCGCAGUAUGCAGACCCAGAGGUCCCGCAACUGUUUAAGAAACCGUGGUUUGUAUGCGAACUUGCAGUCUCGGCAGCAGUGUUUCUAUUGGUGGACGCACUGCUCAACAAACAGUCUGCAGGACAGCAGAAGACGGUUGUUCUUCUUGUCCAGAAAGUCCUGCCCAUUCUCAGCUCCAACAAGCUGAUUGUGCGUCCUGCUAUCCGUGGAAUCUACGUCAUCCAGAAACUCAUCAACCUGAUGGUUGGCAACCACAAGUCUGCCAACGGGUUCUCGCUCAGCGAGAUCACCAAGACAAACUCCAGCAGAUUGUCCCAGUCGUCAGCACCGCCUGUAACCCGCGCACCGGCAAGAAGGUCCUCAAAGUUCCAGAAAACGGCCCGCAAGCAGCUCACCUUUAUUAAUUUCUCUUCUGAGCCGUUUGUGCCAGAAAAACAGCCGGCACAAAACGUUCCCGAACGUCCAUACGCCGCUCCAGCCAUGCCAGCACCCCAGACAAACACCCCGGCCGACCAGGUCCCGCAGUUGCACGAGGCCAUUCUCGACAUCCUUGGAGACCAUGGCUGGGAUCAGUUUCUGGGGUCGAUAGACGACUUUGCCAUGUCUCUGGACGUUUAA